CUCCAAACCAAAAACCAGUGAGCCACAGUUGUAAAGCAACCAAAGCGAAGUUGACAUAUCACUUGCCGACCCAUCAUCUGUUUCAUAUCGGAUCUCUUUCUCUAUCAUUAAAAUCAUUCCCCACUCUAAAGUACAGCUCUGAUAUAGCAGCAAUGGCUACAUUGUUUCUCGUACUCCCUCUUCUCUUUGUUUCUGCUUCUGCUAAUUUUCAUAACGUGGUAAAAGUAACAGAUAACCCUGCGGAUGAACUGGUGGCUGUGCUUACAAGCAAUAGGACCGCACACAAGGGAUCAACCCUCUAUGACAAUCCAGGCCUAGCCUGCAUUGCUUUACAAUACAUAAAAGCCUAUCAAGGGGAUUGUGGUGCUGUUGGAGGACCAGAUGCCAAGAAACCUGCUGAAUCUGAAUUUGCUGAAACUUUUGCUCCUACUUGUGGAGUAACAGUCUCAACUCUCACUCCAAUAACUGGUCGUUUACUUGCCUGCCAGUCCAAGUAUGUCGAUCCAGCUGAAGCAUUCUCAGAUAUUCUCAUGAAAAACAGCAAGAGCUUAGAGAUUCUAUACGAUAAGAAUCACACUGAAGUCGGGGCUGCGGUUACUGGCACUGAUGGUGGAUCUCCCUAUUUUUGGUGUGUAUUGUUCAGCAAUGGUAAGCGAAACAGUAGCUUUGCUUUAGAGGGAGGUGUGGCUAAGGUAACAAGACCUGGAUGCUUUAGUGGUGCUAAUGAUCAAUGCAAUGGUGCUAGUGGUUGGCCCAAGCCUCUUGCUCUAUGGCCCUAUGCUGCUGCUUUGUUUGCACUGAUAUAUGCAUUUGUUCUAUAAUUCCUUCCUUUUCCGGACUUGAAGUGUUAUCCACUUGAUUUUCAAGCCCUCUCUUUUUUUGUUCUAUUGUAUUAGAUGGCUUGGCCCUAGUAAUUGUUUGUUUUAAUCAUUAUUUCAUGUCAUUUUGAGUGUAAUACUGAGCCAUUCUUUUUUUUUUUUUUUAUUCAGUUUUCUUUUCAUUUAUGUAAUAUUCUGGACCACCUGAAUAUGCUCCAAGAAAUGCAUUUCUUUUUAUCUUUUUCCCCUUUAA